AAUUAAUAAUAAUAAUUGAAUGUGGAGUGAAAACGAGAAGUACUAAGCUUAAAACCACGUUUGUGUGUUUUAUCAAUGAUUAUUUUAUUCCCAUAUCGUGUGAAAAUGUGAGUAAGGUUAUUGUGGAAAGUGAGGUUAUGUGCUUGCAAAAUGCCGAGUGUUACUCAAGUGCGCCCCCUUAGUUACAAGAGGAUCAUCUCUUGGUACAGUGGCCUAGUGAAGGCGAAGCCCCCCGAGGCCCCGUUCAAACACGUGGUUCAAAUUGGGGACCCCACCUUGCGAACAGUCUCGGAUGUGAUCCCACGUGACUUAAUUAAAUUACCCGAGAUUAAAUUUCUAAUAAAUCGAAUGAAAAAUGUAAUGAAAAACCACAAUUCGGUGGGGUUGUCGGCCCCCCAAGUGGGGGUGCCCCUCCAGUUGUUCCUAGUUGAAUGCAACGCGAAACACUUGAAUGAAUAUAGCCCCCAGGAACAGAAAGUUAAAGAAAUGAAAGUUGUUCCGUUUAAGGUUGUAAUCAACCCCCAAAUCAAAAUUACAGACUACACGAAGCUGACUUUUGUGGAGAGUUGCGCAAGUGUUAAGGGGUUUCACGCCGAAGUACCGCGUUACAAAAGCUUGAAACUGGAAGCGUUUGAUGAGGAAAACCAGAAAUUUGAAAUGGAAUUGACGGGAUGGCCUGCCAGGAUCGUCCAACAUGAAGUGGACCAUCUUAACGGCAAAAUAUACACAGAUAUAAUGGAUCGGAAAAGCUUGGCGUGCAGCUGCUGGCAGGAAAUCAACGAGCGCGGGGGCAAGAUCGAGCUGCCCUAUGGCCCCCAGUAGUGUUGAAUAAAAUAUUGUCAAGCGGCCAUAAAUAUUUAUUUCCAAGAAAUUGUAGUUACGUAUGUAUGCGUUUUACAUUUUGUCCAUAAAAUGCGGCGAGCCGUCGGAAUUCCGCCGUCUCGUGAGUAUUUCA